CCAUCGACCGCUUCGACCACGACAACCUGCGCGCGCGCGCCUACUUCCUCUCGCACUGCCACAAGGAUCACAUGAAGGGGCUGCGGGCGCCUGCCCUGAAGAGGAGGCUGGAGGGCAGUCACCGUUACACGUGAUGGAGCCCUGCUUUCCUGGAGAUGGCUGAACACCUGCCUGCCCAUGGGAAGUGGGGAAUGAAUUCCUUGUUUUGCUUUGCUUGCGCAUAUGACUUUUGCUUUACCUAUUAAGCUGUCUUUAUCUCAACGCACAAGUUUUCUCACUUUCACUCUUCUGAUUCUCUCUCCCAUCCCACUGGGGGACAGUGAGCAAGCGGCUGUGUGGUGCUCAGCUGCCGGCUGGGGUUAAACCACAACAAGGAACUAUUCUGUGUUCUGCUGAAUGCUAACUGUCCCAAAUGCCUGUUCCAGGGAAAGCAUGCACAUCUGAAACAGACCUUGAUGGGUAUAGAAACAAGCAAAUAUAUGUGUACGUGUGACCAUGUACCACACGCUUUAUUUAUUUCUGCACAAAAUACACAUGCGUGGGCACUCAUAGGUAAGUCUUUGCGUUUGCGGUGUUGAAGAAAAUCCUUCUCAACAAGGUGGAGUAAUUCACCUUGAUCCUGCUUCAGGUUGGGGCAAAACUGCUCUUGCAGGCUUGCUGCUCUGCAGUCUCUUCAGAUGAGAGAUGGGUCUGAGCAUGUGUUUUAUGUACUAGGUGCCAGGUGCUGAUGCGUCGUUAGAUUGUUCCAUGCCUCUACUUUAUAAAACACUCGUCUGUGUUUUUUGUGUCCUCACAGCUUGAAAGUUAAAUUAUACUGCUCACCGGUAACUAAGGAACUGCUGCUGACUAGCCGGAAAUACAAGUUUUGGGAGAAUCACAUUGUUGCAUUGGAAGUUGAAACUCCAACUCAGAUUUCUUUAGUGGAUGAAACAUCUGGUGAGAAAGAAGAUAUAGAGGUGACACUUCUACCAGCUGGUCACUGUCCAGGAUCAGUCAUGUUUUUGUUUGAAGGUGAGAAUGGCACUGUGCUGUAUACAGGGGAUUUCAGGCUUGCAAAAGGAGAAGCAGCCAGGAUGGAGCUUUUGCAUUCAGGGACCAGAGUAAAAGACAUCCAGAGCGUGUAUUUGGACACCACUUUUUGUGAUCCCAAAUUUUAUCAUAUACCAAGCCGGGAGGAGUGUUUAAAAGGGAUCUUAGAGUUAGUGCGAAGCUGGACCUCGCUGACUCGCUAUCAUGUUGUGUGGCUGAAUUGCAAAGCUGCUUACGGAUAUGAAUAUUUAUUCAUAAACCUCAGUGAGGAACUUGGAAUCAAGGUGCAUGUGAACAAACUUGAUAUGUUCAGAAACAUGCCAGAAAUCCUCUACCACGUUACUAGAGACCGACACACUCAGAUUCAUGCCUGCCGACAUCCUCGGGAUGAUGACUGCUUUCGAGGGAACAGACUGCCCUGUGGGAUGACUUGCCAAAAUGGAGCUCCCUUGCACAUCAUCAGCAUCAAACCCUCCACUAUGUGGUUUGGAGAAAGGAUCAAGAAAACCAAUGUAAUAGUGAGGACUGGGGAGAGUACAUACAGAGCUUGCUUCUCUUUCCACUCUUCAUACAGUGAGAUUAAGGAUUUCCUGAGCUAUAUCCGCCCUGUGAAUGUGUAUCCCAAUGUGCUGCCAGUGGGUAGGACAGAAGACAAAGUUAUGGAAAUAUUAAAGCCAUUAUGCAGGUCUUACAGGAGAAACAUGGAACCCAGGUACAAGCCCUUAGGAACACUGAAGAGAGCCCACAAGAGAGACUCAUCUGACACAGAUGAAGAUGAUCUCUUUGACUCAGAAUUAAUUUCUGCAAGGCCUAAGAUUCUAAAACAGCAGGGAGAAGAGAGCAGGCUCUCCAACACAGGACAGUCUGAGAGCACAGAAGGUUGCAAAGCGACCACAACUUACAUCUCCCCCAAGGUAGACUUCAUGGACUGUGAGGAAUCAAAUGAUGAUGAUGAUGAUGAUGAAGAAGAAGAAUCUGAAAUAAAUGUAGUUCAGGUUCUUUCCCAUGAGCCAGAUGCCACUUCCACAUCGAAUUUUGAUGGACUAACAACUACUGACCAACAGGAGUCUAAUGCCGACAUCCCUCGCUGGGAUGCAUUUUUUAAGUGUAACAAACCAGAAGAGAGCUCUGAAAAUGAAGAGAACUUCCCAUCUUCAGCAGAUGCUGGUGGGUCUCAGUCACUCUUCAGCGAUUCAGAUGGAGUAAGCGACUCAACACACAUCUCCUCGCAAAAUUCUUCUCAGUCUACGCACAUAUCGGAACAGGGGAGCCAGGGCUGGGAUAGCCAAAUGGACACAGUACUCAUCACCUCCCAAGAGAGAAACGCCUUGGACUGUAGCUGCUUUGGCAAAGGUGGGAGCAGAGCAGCUGUUUCCAUAUUGCAGGAGACCACCAAAGACAGUCAACCUGACAACAGUCGGUGGAAGCCACUGGGUCAAAACAGAUGUUGUGCGAAAGACGCAGAAGCUGGCACUGCUCAUGCUCAGGAUGUGCUGGCUGAAGGAAGUGACAACUCCAGGACUCCGGAUCUGGAACUGAGGAGGGACUCGCAGAGCUCCUCCGACUUCGAAAUUCCCUCCACUCCUGAUGCUGAAGCACCUCAGCCAGAUAAACUGCACUGUUUAUAUAAAAAGCUAGCGGCAGGUGAAAACAUACUGAGUAUGAAAAAAGUCUCCUGAAGACAGGCAUAACUGAUUACAUCAUAACAAAGGCUGAAGUUUGUUUAUUAAAUCCUGAAUUAUUUUUAAGUGCUGAUUACUAUCUGCUGCUAUGCUAAUUCCUGAAUUUUUAUAAGAAAUAUCUUACUGUCAGAUCUAGGAAUCUGCAGCCUGUGUAACUUUAUUGUUCCCUCCAUGAAAUACUGAAAAGGAAGUAUUUGUAGGAGGGACUGUAAAAGCCUUCCACCUCCCGAGGUUCACUUCUCCAGGACAAAAAAUGGACCAAAACUAAGGAUAGAACACUAGAUGAAACUUAGUGUUUCUCCUUAUCACGAGCUCUAAGAGUUUGCUGUUGGUAUAUAUAUGAUCUCAGGUUUUAAUAAAAAUACCAUGUUUUUAACUGUGGGGAGGAACAUGACAUCUUUCAGAAACAACUAUGCAAACAAUGCAAUAGUGGCACUUUGACUUUAAUCCUGAGUUUUCACUGCAGUUAUUUCUAAAAGCAACUGCAGAACAGACUAGAGAAUUACUGGCAAAAGUUUUGGUUUUUUUUUUUUAAAAAUCAAAUUGUUCUUUUCAAGCAGUCUCUCUUCACACUGAGCAAGUAUUGUUAUCCAAUUUAACUCCUGAAUGAGGUGCUAUAUGCCAUUGUCUGUGGUUUUAACUUGUCAUCAGUUUCUCCAUAGCUUGGUCUGUUCUUAUUUUUCAGAAUGACUUAAAAGUAAAGUCCUGUGGCACGUGGUUCCAGAGCCACCACAGCAGCCUGCUCUGGAGGCUGUCACAGCAACAGAAGGUAACCUGUUAUCCCAGACAGGUUCUUCUGUUUCUCAAGGCUCUUGUAUUACCAAAUUUCACCUCCCCUGCAACAUUCCAUUACCUACACUGACUUCAGCCAUGUUUAGAUUUCUUUUUUAAAAUCAAGACAAUAGUCUCCAUGCACAUAUGCUGUCAUAACUAAAUCUUUGCCAAAAUCUUUAGCUUCUAAAAUGGAAAUGUAAUUCAGGUUUUUGUUAAAUUGCAGUGCCUACAAAAAUACCUAAACAGCAGAAGUCAUCUAAAAAUCUGUGAGAUUUCCCAUCCAUGUGCUCUUAAGUCAGAAAGAAUUAAACAGACUUUCAGUAUGACAGCUCUCCCUCCUGUGUAUGUCUUAAGUCUUUCUGCUGUCUUUAGUGAAAUGGGAAUAUUAAACCAGCCAGUAUUCUGCUAUUAGGAACAGUGGCAGGAGGGGAAGAAAAAAAAAAAGAAAAGAAAAAUUGCUAUCAUCAGCUAUGUAUGGUUUUAAGAAUAUUCAAGUCUAUGUAUUUCUGCCCUGUCACCUUGCCCACUCUCUUCCUGGGAUUUGUUAACAUAAUUUCCAAAUGUGGUCUAUCAACGCUUUUUUUAAAGCAGGCCUGAGUGAGUGAAACUGCUGUUGUACCUACCUCUGCAAAUAA